GUCUCCUCCUGGCUUUUCAGGUACUAUUUCUGGCUGGCGGCGCUUUGCUGCUUCAUCUUCCCCGCGAUCACUCCCUGGAGGUUGUGGGGAGAAGACCUGUGGGUCGCCUUCUGGUUCUGCUCGGUCACGAGGUGCAUCUUCGUCGUUAACGGGACGUUUUUGGUGAACAGUGCUGCGCACCUCUGGGGAACCAAGCCGUAUGACAAGAACAUCAUAGGGAUGGAGCAGCCGAUCGUGGGAGCCCUGGCGCUCGGCGAGGGAUGGCACAACUACCACCACGUCUUCCCCUGGGACUACAAGACCUCGGAGCUGCCCUUGUACCGCCUGAACCUGACGACGAUGUUCAUCGACGCGGCCGCCUUCCUGGGCCAGGCCUACGACCUCAAGACGGUCGACCCGAAGGUGGUGGAGCAGCGGGUGAAGCGGACCGGCGACGGCUCUCACUUCGAGUGGGGGGACGAGGCCGAACGGCGGGAAAAAGAGCAACAACAACAGAUACUUAUCCCACGUCCAUCGAUUCCAAAUUACUUAAAGACGAAUGAAACAGAACGGGGCCGAAAAGCAUCGACAAUCAUUUGUGAAUCG